CGGCCCAGAAGUAAACGAAAGGGAAUCUUGAACGAAGGAUCUGGCAAGGAGGCGCGACCAACUGCAACCAGGUUCUCAAAACUCAGUUCCGUUUGCCAAAAUUGAAUGCGGCGCAUUUUAGUUCCUUCUCGCUCUUUGUCUUCCUGAUUAAGCAAUCCCAAAUCUGCUUUCUCGCUCAGCUCAAAGCUUCCGCAAUGUCUUCCCCCGCAGAAUGGUACAAUUCUCUUCCUCCUGUAACCAAGGCUUAUGGGACCUUGUGUUUGAUCUUCACCACCGCAUAUCAGUUCGGACUGUAUCAUCCUGCAUAUAUUGCGUUGGUAUAUGAACGAGUAUUCAAACAUUUGGAGGUGUGGAGGCCGAUUACCUGCUGCUUUUUUCUUGGCCCAUUCUCUGUCAAUUUUGGAAUUCGGUUGAUAAUGAUCGCGAGAUAUGGAGUCCAACUAGAAAAUGGGCCAUUUCAAAGACGUACUGCAGAUUUCCUGUGGAUGAUGUUAUUUGGAGCCUUUACCUUACUGGCAUUAUCUGCCAUCCCCUGGUUGUGGUCCCCAUUUCUAGGAGUGUCACUGGUUUUCAUGCUGCUUUAUGUCUGGAGUAGAGAAUUCCCAAACGCCAAUAUCAGCAUUUACGGUCUCGUUACACUCAAGGCGUUUUACUUACCUUGGGCAAUGCUUGGUCUGGAUGUCAUUUUUGGUUCUCCACUUCUGCCAGAUCUGUUGGGGAUCAUUGCUGGGCAUCUGUUUUACUUCUUGACUGUGUUGCAUCCACUUGCUGGUGGAAGAACCGUUUUAAAAACUCCCAUGUGGGUACAUAAAUUGGUUGCAAGGUUGGGAAUUGGGGCUCCGGCACCUACCCAGGCUCAGCCUGACAGGAAUACUGGCGGGGCUUUCAGAGGGAGAUCCUAUCGACUGGGGGGAUGAUGCUGUUUUCUUUCUCCCUCUUUUACAGGAAUGAGUCGUCGUCGUCGUCUCAACUCUCUUUUAACAGUUUCCUAGAGAAGAUCACUAACAAGGGCCAAGUUAUGUGAUAGUAGAAGAGAUCCUACAUGGAUACCGACAACCGACAAUUUGCAGCACAAGCAGAUUCUCUUUGGUGUUUUUGGAUGUCCAUUUUAUACUACAUACUACCUAAUCUUUUUUCAGUGUAUAUGAGGAAUUUGAAUCAUUGCUUGGAAAUUUGCUGCUGAAACAUAUUACAAUGAAUGCUUUAGCUUGGCUCUUUGGGGAACAUAUGUGACAAAUUCAUGAGAAAUUGGAAAGCUUCAAUUGAAAUCUAUAAGCCCUCGUGGUUGAGGCUGACAA